CUGACAUAUAGGUUCAGCACAUCGCUCCAAAGUAAAGUUAACCAGCAGUGUUUGUUUUUUCCUGAUGCUUUAUUAGAAAAGUUUUGAUUUUUUAAAAAUGAGGAAACGUUUGAUCCAAAUAUUUGGAUUCUUGAUCUCCUCGAUGGGAUGGUUGUUCGUAUUGUGCACCAUGGCUAUGGACUACUGGAGAAUCACCCAGAUAGGAGGACAGGGAGGAUCUUUCAUUAUCAAGGUGGCCUGGUACUGGUCCAACCUGUGGAAGGACUGUUUCACCGAUUCCACAGCCGUCACCAAUUGCAGAGAUUACGCGGUUCUCUGGAGCGUCAGCUAUUACGUUCAGGCAGUGAGGGGAUUGCUGAUGUGUGGGUUGACUAUUGGAUUCUUUGCUGUGGUGUGUUGCUUCAUUGGAAUGGAUUGUACCUACAUUGGAGGGGCUGAACAAACCAAAGACAAACUGGUCUUUUCUGGAGCCGUGUUCCAUUUUGGUGGAGGUGUGUCAAACCUUGCCGCUUACUGCUUAUACAUAAACAGGAUCGCCAAGGUCGCCUUUGCUCCCACCGUGCCAGGAGUGUUAAAAUACGACCUGGGUCCUCCUAUUUUUCUUGGACUGGUUGGAUGCUUCUUAAUCUUCUUUGGUGCCAUUCUUUAUGCUGUGACAGUCUUCAGAGUAAUUUACCGUCGGAGGAGCGGAGUACAAACAAUUGAUGGGGGCACAUACAUGAUUCCUUUGGCCAGAGGAAGAUCCAUGUACGCUGGAUACAAUCCCUCAAGGAUGUACGAAUAUUACAGCUCCGGACGAACCACCAGCCAAAUCUCAAGACUAUCUGGGACGAUGCCAACAAAAAUUUCAGAGAGAGACGCUUUUGUGUAAAACGCUUUUAGUUUGGAAAAUGUAUAGAAUGUUUUUCAUGUGAAGUGUGAAAGAAUGGACUGCAAUGACUGACCAAUUGUCAUGUCCUUUUGCAGAUUUGUUCAUUUUUACCUUUUGCACAACAUCUAGGAAUACAACAUCUUAUGGCUAACUUGAUUAGUUGAAAAGAAAUCGACUACACAAUCUGGUUUAAAAAGAGCGCUAUAAGAAGUUCACAUGAUGAAGAAAAGUUCAUUGAUACAUAAAACCAUUGGACAGACUGGUUAUCUAUCCCACUGCAGCAGAAUUGUGAAUGUUUGGCAUUAAAGUUAUUUUUUUGUAAAUCAUUGUUGAGCUAGGUUAUUUUAAAGGAAGAAAAUUAGAAAAAAAACAAAAAAAAUUCAAUCCUCUUCUGUGAAACAAAUAAUCCCAAAAUGAAUGUUUUAAUGACCUAUGACCUCUGACCUAAAGACUUUUAAAAAAUGUCAACAUUUGACAGGAAAAUGUAAAAGAACAAAAUCAACAAUUCAAGUUGUGGUCAUGAUAGGAUUUUCUGUGUAGUACAGAAAGAUGGAAAUGUACUUUAUUAAACACGGCUUUUGCAUGUUUUUUUGUAAUUUUGAUAGAU